AUGCACAGGGAUAAAUUUCUCAUAGAGCAAACGAAGCUGGACAAUGGUUGGGUACCAAUGAGUGUGAUGUUAACUUUCAAAAUGUUAGCCUCCAUGAGUAAAGACGCUGACGUAAUACUGAAAGCGAUUGAAUCAAGCGAUCUGAUGGAAGUAUCGGAAGAUAAAAAGAAAAUCCGUCGCUCUCCAAACCACCCAUUGCCAGUAUACAAUGAGGAAUAUAGAAAGGCACAAGAAGCUAAGACAGCUUAUGUGAAAGGAUUUCCAUUACAAGAUACUAAUAUUGAGAAACUAAAGGCAUUCUUCAAAGAUUUCGAACCAUUUGAGAAUAUUGUUAUGAGGAAGUACCAAGAUAAGGAUAAAAAGCUGCAGUUCAAAGGAUCUAUUUUCGUACAGUUCAAAACGUUAGAAGAUGCGAAAGCUUUCAUGGCCAGGGAGUCG